AUGGCUGACAGCAGUUGCCCUGGGCUCAGGGUGCUAGUGACGUACAGUGACGACCCGGGCUGGACGCACGAACGAGUGCUACUGUGGCCGCACAAUGAGGGUCGCACGAGCUGGCAAAUCUACACGCCUGGCAACGACUUAUAUGCUGAGGACUUCGGGGGCUACGCCUCGCUCACUCCCAUGACGGGGCGGAGGCGCUACCCACCAGGCGUCAGGAACGUGGUGGCGUUCAACAGGAGCCUGCAGGCCGCCGAGCUGGUCUCGCUCAUCAGGCGCGGUCGAGGCGAGGCCAUCCUCGAGCACGGACCGCUAGCGAACGGCUGGUGGGCCGGCGCGGGGCAGGACUGGCUCGGAGGCAGGUUGGACAUCCCCGCGCCAACGGCCGUGGAGGUGCUCCGCGCGCGGCUUCACCUGCGGAGGAAGGCCGCGGAGGCCCAGACCGACCUCCCUGUGCUCGGUGAUGGGAGCCCCCCUCCCCCGCCGCCGCCUUCGGAGAGGCCGCCAAAUUCGUGGGUUCGAUGCUCCUUCGAGGACAGCGACUUCGGUCAGAUGGUACCCCUCUCAGCUGCCGCCAUCCUGCGAGGCCGCUAUGGGCUCGACAAGGGUGAGAUGGGAGAGUGGCGUCCCAUAGAGUAUGUGCUGGACGAUCAGGCCGACAGCUGGCGAGACGACGAGUUGGUGGCGGCGGAUCGGCAGCGACCACCACGAAGCGCCCUUGACGAUCGGCUCUUCGGCAACGGCGGGGGCGGUGCCGCCGCACCCCCUGGGGGGCCCACGGUUGCGGCUGCCGCGGCGGGCAUUGGCGAAGAGCAGGCCGAGGAUCUGCGCACCUGCUGGAUCGACGUCGACGAGACAGGCUCGAGGUUCAAGGAGUGGCGCAAGGUAGUGCAGGAGAGUACUCAGGAGGUGUUCUCUGACUCGAGCCUGCGCGGGCCGCCUGCGUGCCUGGAGGUGUGCCGCAAGAUGUAUCGGCGCGGCGGCGCGCCCAAGAUCUGGUCCCAGGAGUGGUGCAAGGAGACAGGGAUCUCUCGACGGGAUCGCGCUUACCACGAGGUGCAGACGCUCAUCGAGCGCCUGUGCCUCGCGGGCACCUGCGACCAGGUGAACAUGGGAGCUCUGGCGUCGCUGGAGGUGAUCGCCCGCCGGCUGCUGCAGUGCGCGGAGGCCUGCGCGCACGGGGCGGACCACGCGAACUCGGCGGCGGCGAAGCACCUGGCGGGGACGACGAAUCCGCUGGACCUGGUGCCCGAGGCGCUGCGAAGCUACGCCAGCCGCCUGAGCAAGGAGGAGCACGAGCUCGCGGCGCUGCGGCUGCCGCGGUGGACGCUGGCGACUUGCCGAUCGGAGGCGGCGCUGGAGGUGGCGGCGCUGGAGAUGGUGCUGAUGCAGGCCGUGGCCGUGGCCGCGGCCGAGGCCGAGGCGGGCGGGGUCGAGGGACUCAGCGCGGCGCAGCGCCGUCGCUGGCUUCGGGGCGGCAACGCUGCCUGCGAGAGCUUGAAUUAUUUGCAUGGAGGCAUCCACCGAGGCGAUCGGGCACCAGCGAGCCUGACAAGCCAGAUGAAGAUGGAUGCCAUUUCGGCGGACGUGCAGCAGCGCGUUCUCUCGGCGGCUCGCCGGUGGAUCGACGUUGACAGCGCCGUCAGUGAGGAGGAGGCCCUUGCCAGGCAUCUCAAGGGCAAGGCGGGGCAUGCCCCCCUUGGCUCGACCAGCGUGGGCUCCUACGAGCACUCGCGGGUGAGCUUGCCAGACAGUGUCGUCGACGCGCCGUUCUUGGCCACCAUGCUUCCCGCUCAGGCAAAGCAAUGCAUCGAGGAGCUUGCUUCCAGGCGGAGCAACGCCUUGUUCCGCCAUCCUCCCGGGGUCGACUUGCUGCCGGGCGAGGGGCUCGGCCGCAUAGAGAUGCCCGUCAUGGAGGACUCCGACUUCGCCGGGCCCUGCGCGGUGCUUGGCGUGGGCGACGUGGCCGACUGUUUCCACGGGAUGAAGCUGCAGGGCGACAUCAGGCAUUACUUCUGCUGGCCGCCACUGGGUGCUGCACUGACUGGAGAGACACUGGUCGAAGGGCGCCCUGCACACGCUGGCGCGCAGGUUUGGCCGAUGAGCCAGAGCCUGCCAAUGGGCUUCUCGCGGUCCCUGUACUUCGCCCAGGCCGCAAACCAGUGCAGGCUCGACCGACAGCCGUCGUUGGCGGGCAGCCUGCGUUUGAGCGAUCGCGGGCCGCCGCUUGUCCUCGGACGAGGUACCGUGGGGGCGGAACUGGGCCACUACAUGUACGUCGACAAUGCAGGCGUGAUCGGGCUCGGCGCAGCGCGUGUGACCUGCGCGCCGCAGGAGGCCCAGCGCGACCUCGAUGGCGAUCAUCUGAAGUUCCACGAGGUGGAGGUGAUGCCUGAGGGAGGUCGCACCCUGGGCUGCUAUCUCGACGGCAGGCACCGAGCGACCCGCCCUACUGACGAGAGGUUCGCCAUGGUGCGGAAGGGGUCGAGGUGCUUGCUGAGGAGGCGCAAGGUCGCCGGCUGGCAGCUGGAGAUGGCGUUGGGCCACAUGACCUUCAUGGCCCUGGUUCGCCGCGAGGCGUUGUCCAUCUUCCACUCGGUCUACGCCUGUGUGGCGCAGAGCUACCAUGCCUUCUCCGAGCUGUGGCCCACCGUGCGUGAGGAGUUGAACUGCUACCUGGGCAUCAUGGUGAUGCUGGAGUCGAGUUGGAUCAGGCCGUGGAUGCCAGUGGUCUACUCCUCCGACGCCAGCCUGCACGGCUACGGGGUGGCGGAGGCCUGCUUCGGGACCGAGACGGUGGCAGAGAUCGGCCGCGUAUCGGAGCUGGCGCGGUGGCGGCUGGGAGCUGAGCUAGCGAGACAGCAUGCUUUCGAGUGCGCUGGCUUCCUCUUGGACAGCGAGAACGGCGAGGUCGUCCGAGAUGAGGCGGGGGCCCCGAAGCGGCUGGGCGCCGAGCUCCAGCGCGUGCUGGCCAGCGAGCGCUGGGAGCUGGACCCGAGCUUCCCUGAGGCAGGCCGCAGGCGCACGCGGGCACUGAGCAGCCCUGGUCGCCGGCUGGAUUCAGGAGGGCCGCCGCCGGCGCAGAGGUCCCGCACGCUGGGCCAGAGACGCGGGCUGGCCGCGAGGCUGGUGCUCGAGGGCGCCGCCCGACCGCCGCUGCCGAGCUCAGUGGAAGCUUGCUUGCAGCUGAGCCCCAGCGGGCCACGCCUGGCCGACCAGGCCGUCGCCGGCCACGGGGCUGCCGAGGUCGUGGCGGAGAGCGAGAGCAUCGAGAGCAGCGACGUCGAGGAGCCGCCGGCUGCCGCGCGCUCCCGCAGGCGUCUGGAGACGCGCGGGAAGGCUCGGGCCAGGAAGGCGAUCGAGGUGCUGGAGACCACAGAGGCGGGCAAGGACGACUUGAAGCUGGGCAUCAGCCACCUCGAGAAGAGGCCGGGCCGGUGGCGCGCGCUCGCCUUCUGCGUCUGGGCCCGCUGCUGCCUCACAGCCCUGCCCGAGCUCAAGGAGCUGGACGGCCAGCUGGUCGCAUGCAUGAGCGAAGAGCUUCUGAAGGGCGUCAAGGCCUGGCGGGGCGAGACGCUGCUCGCUGGGCUGAUGUUAUUCCACCCGGACUUCGGCCGCCUGGGCGGCUUGCAUCUCCCGAGGUCUUUGCGCUGCCUGAAAGGGUGGAAGAAGCUUUCGCCAUCUCGAUCUCGGAAGCCCUUGGUGUUCGCGAUCUGGGCGGCGCUGGCAGUGGAGCUCUGCCGCUCGGGGGCGCCUCUGGUAGGCGCCAUGGUGCUAAGCAUGGCGGGGUGCUACCUUCGGCCGGGCGAGAUGCUGAGUCUCACGAGCGACUCAUUUCUGGCACCAGCGGAGCAUGCAGUACAGAACUGGGUCGUAUGGCUGUUUCCGGAAGCUGGGGUGGCUCGGAGCAAGGCGGGGUCAGCAGACGAUGCCAUCCCUGGCGACACAGGACGGUGCCCGUGGAUGUGUCACAUCUUCAAAGCUCUGAAGGACCGCCAGUCAUCCCGGCCCCUCCUGGAUUUGAGCUACCCGCAGCUCCUGUGCCUCUUCCGGAGAGCGGCCACGAACAUCGGAGUCGACGUCGUCCCAUACGAAGGCCGUCACAGCGGAGCAUCGCUGGAUCGGGCCACGGGGCGACGCUCUUUGGAAGAGGUUCAGAAAAGAGGGCGAUGGGCUGCGAUGAGUUCGGUGAAAAGAUACGAAAAGUCAGGACGACUGAACGAGAGCUGGGAGAAGCUGAGCGACGCCUCCAAGGCACACUGUGCUGCAGCGGCCAACCUGCUGCAAGGGGUAUUGCUGCUGGGACGCCCCGCGCUUGUGCCGCCGUUCGGCGGCCGAGAGGGCUGUCGCGGGCUCCACUGA